CCGCCUGGUGGUGAUACAAUACCGGCAUGUCCAAGGCUGGCAGAACUGACUGCUGUAUGGCAGCCUGCAGCCUCCACACUGAGACUCUUCAGGCACACUGGUGGCAGAGCCCUGGCAGAGGACAGACAAGGAUCAAUUUAGGGGCUGGCCAAGGUCAUUCAGCUAAAGAGGCUGAGAAAGAGAGGCUGGAAAGGUGUGAGGACUUGGAAGGAAGACAGCCUAGCUCCUUCAGGUAUUAAGCAUCAAGCCCCGUGUACCCUGAGGGGGUCAGCCCAAGAGGCAACAGUGUGAAGGUGGACCUCUGCUUGAGGCUCUCUUUGGACCCUGUGAGAUCAUGUGGCCAGCUGAUUCAGAGAAUGGACUUUGGGAUGUCUCUGCCAGCCCCUCCCUGCCCUUUCUUCCCUCCAUCCCACAGCUUCCCAGGGGACUGGGUCACUUGGACCUUGCUACUUCCUGCUCUUCAGUCCAUGGUUCAGACUAUGGAGCUGUGGGUGCAGCUGAAGCAGGCCGGGCUGGAGCCCCUUGGAUUGGGCCCACUCCCCCAGGCCCUAAGAAUGCCCCCGCCAGAGGGGAACCCAGGCCAGACCCUUAUGUCCUCAGGGACAGAACUUGGGGGCGCCAGAGAGCCGCUGUUGUGGAUCUGGGAGGAGCUGGGGAACCUGCGCCGAGUGGAUGUCCAGCUGUUGGGACAGCUGUGUCACCUGGGACUGGAGAUGGGUGCCCUGCGGGAGGAGCUGGUCACCAUCCUGGAAGAGGAGGAGGAAGAAGAGAAGGAGGAGGAAGAGGGAAGCUGUGUUGAAGAAGAGGAAGAAGGGCCUCAGGGGAGGCAGGAGGAAGGACAUCCUGGGGCCUCCUUUCCAGCCCAGCACCUCCCUCACUUUGAGAUGACCAUCUGAGGUCAUAUAGUUUGACACACAAAUGAGAUACAAAUUCAUGCAAAGGCAAGAGGAGAUUCAGAGGGUCCAAUCAGAUUGAGAAUCAGUGGUACUCCUUCAGCAGACUGUUCUCCCCAGAGGAGUGCUGUGGGAGGUCCUGGUAGUGGCUCUGGGAGAUGUGGGCAGGUUUGACUGUAGGUUUGGGAGGGGCACAGAAGACGUAGAUCUAUCUGCAGAAAUGUUUCCAGUUUGGCCCAGUGCUUGGCCAAAGUGAUAGAGAUGUUGACAGACAGGAUCGAAGACCAAUUCAGCCUAGUGUGGGUGUCAUUGCUAUUAAGCAAUUGAGACAUGGCAAGUUCAGACGGAGAUGUGGGAUAUGGCAAAGGUCAACAACCUGUGUGGUAAAACCUCUCAAUAGUUAAAAAAAACUGA